AUGGUUCUUUGUGGUGGUUCAUCAAAGCCAAUCCAGCGGAAAAUUGUCAUUCUAGGUGAUGGUGCAUGUGGUAAGACAUCACUUCUAAACGUGUUCACAAGGGGAUAUUUCCCACAUGUUUAUGAGCCAACGGUUUUUGAGAAUUACAUGCAUGAUAUUUUCAUAGAUGGAAAGCAGGUUCAACUCUCGCUUUGGGAUACUGCAGGUCAAGAAGAAUUUGAUAAGUUAAGAUCGCUAUCCUAUAAUGAUACCGAUUGUGUGAUCCUCUGUUUCUCUGUUGAUUCCCCAGACUCGCUUCAAAACGUCAAAAACAAGUGGGUGAACGAAGUUUUGGAACAUUGCGAAGGUAUUCAGAUGGUUCUUGUGGCAUUAAAGGCUGAUUUAAGGCAAACUGAGGAUGAAGACAGAUCUACAGCAGGAAUUAACAGCCCGAUGGAUGCCCAGCAACAGCAAUUUGGUACCAGUGCAUAUAACAGCGAGGGUAUGCUUAAGAAGCUCGUGUCAUAUGAGGAAGGUUUAGCAAUGGCCAAGAAAAUUGGAGCUGUGAGGUAUUUGGAGUGCUCCUCUAUUAAGAAGAGAGGUGUCAAUGAAGUUUUCACAGAGGCUGCUAGAGUUGCUCUUGCGUCAAAAUCUAAAGCUGAUGAAGAGCAGUCUAGUUCCGGCGGUUGUGUGAUUAUGUGA